CAAAGGCCAAAGUACAACAAAGAAAACCCUAACUCCUUCUUAAAACCCCCUUUUAUUCCUCCUCCCUUCAUUUUUAGGCCGAACCAAAACCCUAAUUUACUCCUCUCACUCUCUCUCUGUUGCAGCAGCCAUGGGUGCAUACAAGUAUAUGCAAGAGCUAUGGAGGAAGAAACAAUCCGAUGUGAUGAGGUUCACCCAAAGAGUUAGGUGUUGGGAGUAUCGUCAGCUUCCUUCCAUUGUUCGUGUUACUCACCCUACUCGCCCUGACAAAGCUCGUCGUCUUGGUUACAAGGCCAAGCAGGGUUUUGUUGUUUACCGUGUCCGUGUGAGGAGAGGUGGUCGCAAGAGGCCAGUUCCUAAGGGUAUCGUUUAUGGUAAGCCCACUAACCAGGGAGUUACCCAAUUGAAGUUCCAGCGCAGUAAGAGGUCAGUUGCUGAGGAGCGUGCUGGUCGCAAAUUGGGAGGUCUCAGGGUCCUCAAUUCUUACUGGAUCAAUGAGGAUUCCACCUACAAGUACUUCGAAGUCAUUCUUGUUGACACUGCACACAGUGCUAUCAGGAACGACCCAAGGGUCAACUGGGUCUGCAACCCAGUGCACAAGCACAGAGAGCUCCGUGGUCUUACCUCAGCAGGAAAGAAGAACAGAGGUCUCCGUGGCAGAGGACACCGUUACCACAAGGCCAGGCCUUCUCGCCGUGCAACCUGGAAGAGGAACCAAACACUCUCUCUUCGCCGUUACCGAUAAUUGUCUUCAAUCAAAGUUGCUUUUGUUAUCAGAUAUGGAAUUCUAUUUGGAGUACUUCUUAGCUAUGUUGAAAUUUCUGCCCUUGAGGUCUAGACUUCUGAAUGGUUUUAAAAAUUUUGUUCCGAGAAUUAUGUUUGAUAUCUUUUAGUUCAACUGUCUGCACUCAGCUUGAUCUUAUAUGAAUACCUGGAUGCUUCUUAA